CGACAACUCCCCUCCGGGUUCAGCCAGGGCUCUGUGUCAAAAGAAGGCUGCAUAUCGCUGUCACUGGGGGGUAAACAAGGUUCCAGCUGUCGCAAUGACAGGAAACACUUUGCAGCGACACCAGACGUGACGAUAACGUUGGAGCUUCGUUUCUUGACACAGGAACACAUUAGACAACUAUCAGGAGGACCUGGAGCCAGGAAACCCCUGACAGGACGGGUCCAGAUCUCUUUUUUUCUUUCUUCCUCAUUGAGACAAAUGGUUUUGAGUCAUGGAUCAAGGUGUUGUGGACAGUCAUGUUAUCCUGGUCAUCAGGGCACCCAACCAGAAGUACAAUGACCACACCAUCAACUGUUGCCAGACCUGGACCGUGGAGAAACUCAAAGCGCACAUCUCGGACGUAUACCCAAGCAAACCGAGCUCCAAAGACCAGAGGCUGGUGUAUUCUGGGAAGCUGCUUUUGGAUCACUUUACCCUAAAGGAUGUGCUCAGAAAGCAGGAUGAGUACCACAUGCUCCAUCUGGUGUGCGCCUCCCGAACCCCCCCCAGCUCCCCAAAGCCCCCCCGCAGCCGCAGUAACAAGCCUCAGGAGAACUCUGCUGGUCCCGCGCCCUUUCAAAACUCGACCAGUCCUUCCACUGGUCAACAUGGCCAGUCGCCUCCAGCUGAGAGCAGUGAUGGACUCAGACAGCGAACUGGACCCUUCCCGUACCACCAGAUGUAUCCACAGUUAAUGCACAGCUGGAAUCAGUACUCCUCACAGGCAGCUCCCACUAACAUCAGCCCCAUGACGCUCAUGUGGUGGCAGCAGGUGUACGCCCGGCAGUACUACAUGCACUAUCAGUUGCUGGCUGCCUCCUCUCAACACGUCAGGCCGGACCAGUCCUCCACUCCCUCCAACCAGCCCGACCCCCUGAGCCAGCGGCCUCAGGCGGAUCGCCGCGGCAACCCGGAAGUCCAGAUGAACGCCCAGGGAGGGGAGAUCCUGAACGAGGAGGAGCUGAACCGGGAUUGGCUGGACUGGGUGUACACGUUCUCACGCGCCGCCAUCCUCCUCAGUAUCGUGUACUUCUACUCGUCCUUCAGCCGCUUCGUCAUGGUGAUGAUGGCCAUGCUCGUGCUCUACCUGCAUCAGGUCGGCUGGUUUCCCUUCAACCUGGAGAAUGAGCUCCAGCUUCCUGGGGACGGAGCCAAUCAGGAGGAGGUGGAGGCAGAGCUCCAGAACCAGGACGUUCAGGAGAUGGAAGGAGCGAUGGAUGACGGCUCGGAGGACGAUGGGGAAAGUGGCGAGGAAGGAGCAGAGGAUCCAAACAGCGCCGCCGAGGCGGGCUUCCUGUCCUCCACGUGGUCGUUCAUCAUAACCUUCUUCAUGUCGCUCAUCCCGGAGGGGCCAAACGCUGCCAACUGAGCCACGUUCUCCACGGUUCUCCACGAGGACACGCUCCUUCUUCAAGAGGACGAGUAUCCUGCCUGCUUCCUGUUGCAGUGCCGUGUUUUAGUUCCCCAACAGUGUACUUUACUACGCGUCCGAGACUUUGAGCCUAACACAAGAGACUUGAUUUGAUGAUUUGGCGUGAAGAGGACAAAAAACAUUUUGAACUGUCAAGUGACAGAAUAAGUGAGCUGCUAUACACAAGAAUCACUCGUGAUGCUACAAAGCAUAGUUAAAAUAAGUGUCUGCCAAUGCAUCGUUUCUGCAUUAAUAAAAUAGGGACAACAGGCACAUUUAUUAACACAAAUAUUUACAACAUUGAGCUGCAAUAUUUGUUGAAAUGUGAUUUGUUUGUUUUGGCGGUUAUAUCCAAAUACAUUUUAUUUAAAAAAGGGCCACUUUAGUCCAAAAGUUAAACUUCAGAGAAUAAUCCUGAGUCAUGCAACGCCUGUGAUAAUUAACAUGAGUGAUGAAGUUCAUAGAAAUGUGUCUGAACACAUUGUGUAGUGUUGAAAUGUAUCCCAGAGUGAUGUUGGCUACAGAAGUGUGAUCUUUUUUUUUGACGAGUGAGAGCUGAGUGAGGUAGAAGAAUUGAUGUUCCACUCCUCAAAGGAGCAUCAGAUGUUGACGGCCCAACAGGAGAUACUUUGCACUGCCAAGGUUCAGAUUUCACGUUGGACUAAACGUACACCUCGAGUGUGUGAAGAUGGCUGAUGCUGUUUGACACGUUCUGUACCCAUAACAAUCAUGUUUAUUAAAAAACAGAACAGCA